CAAAAUCUUUUUCCUCGGAAACAAGUCUAGUCUUUUUGUCGUGUCACGUGCUUGCUGUUGUCAUGCCGCAGUUCCUUGCGGUUGUGAGUGGAUUCUUACUAGGCUCUGCUUUAACGUACGCAUGGUUGAGCCGACAGGAUCGUUCCUCAUCGAAGACACUACCAGAGGAUGAGCCAUCGUCCACGUCAAGGUCAAUCGCGACACCAUCGCGUCAAGCUGGGCCGACGGCGCAUCUCCGCACGGACGGCCUCUUGACAGAUUUGGUACGCGAAUUGUGGAGUUACAUUAACGUGGCAGGUUGCGACACUAUCCGUUCCACAGUGGAACCCAUGUUCGUUACGUUGCCGGGUCCGUUGAAGACUCUGCGUUUCACCAAAAUCGAUCUGGGAUCGGUACCGAUUCGGAUGGACAAUUUGGUCGUUCACGAAGUCCACAACGAUUCCGUCACUGUGGCAAUGGACGUGGCCUGGGAUGGGAAUUGUGAUAUGCAGCUCAAGGCGGAUUACAUUGGUUCAUUUGGUGUUAAGGCAAUCAAGCUCAAAGGACGCCUGUCGUUACUUCUCAAGCCUUGUGUAAACGCUUUGCCACCGUUCUCAGCCAUUCAGUACGCCUUCGUUACACCACCACAAGUUGAGAUUGACUUUACCGGUCUCGCGCAAGUCGCGGAUUUUGCGGUCCUCGACAAGAGAAUUCGAGCCAUUAUUCAAGAUUCGUUCGCCUGUGUCACAUUACCGUCCCGCAUGAUGUACAAAACGGAUCCGGCCUGUGAUUACUUACGUACGUACCAACCUCCCUUGGGGGUGGCGCGAAUUACCGUCGUCCGCGGUCGCGGCUUUCAUGUCGAAAAGAGAUCCUUGCGAGCGCACGACGUGCCCGACGUCUUUUGCCAGGUUUCAAUCAACGCCUCCCAACCUUUCACAACCCGUACCGUCAAGGAUAGCCUGGAGCCGGUAUGGGAGGAGAGCUGUGAUUUCAUCGUCAUGGAUUUGGAUCAGCAUGUGAUACUGAACGCCUGGGAUGAAGACAACGGGGCACUCGACGCCAAUGACGACCUCGGAACAGCGAAAGUGUCCGUUGGGGACCUUUUACUGGCCGGCAAGACGAAGGAGGUGGAACUCUUGGAGGGUAAUCUAAAGCGUACGGGCGCUUUUGUCACACUGCACUGCGAACUAUUACCGUGGACAUCAGGGGAGUCGUUUGAGGGCCUCCCUAAGGCCCCGACCGAAUCGACAAACACUGCCAAUUCGUUGGCAGGCUUGAUGACCGUAGUCGUGGUCAAGGCGAGCAAUUUACCAUUGGCGAAAAAAGAAGAUGCGGCAUCGUUCGUCAAGGUCAAGUAUGGGGCAGCCUUUGAGUUUUUGACCAGCGUGGUUUUGCCUUGUCCAGGGCUGGACGCAUUGAAUCCAGUUUUUGACGAGGUCACCUUCAUUCCGCUCCCCCAGGCUUUAGUGGAUGAUAAGAACGACGUAGUUCUUGAACUCUGGAAUGGGCAAGCUAUCCUGGGCAGUGUCAAUAUCACGCAUCAGUCUUUAUUGAACAUGGAUGACCAUGUACGGACAGAAAACCUUCUCGUCGGUGACAAGGGUGCAAAACUUUUCUUUCGGGUCUCCUUACAGGGAGUUGCGGAAGCUCCCAUUGGAAUACCGACGGUGUCUGCUAUUGAACCGAUGGGAAAAGACGAUUCUGAGGACCCCGGCACGGCAGCUGCACUUGUUGGCGGUACUUUGGGCAAAGUAAGUGUGACGGCAGUCCGAGGAUGGGGCUUUGUGGUGGAAAAGCGUCGGUUUAAAAAGAACGACGUUCCCGACGUAUACUGCAAUAUACAGUUUGGCUCGAGUCCUACAGUGUGGCGGACGAAAACGGUGCGCAAUUCUACGACACCCACUUGGAACGAAUCCUCCACGUAUCCGCUGUCCGAUCACAGCCAAAUUUUGCAUUUGAACGUGUUCGACGAAGACGGCGGUGCCCGGGAUACGGACGAUGCGUUGGGAUCGGCCCGGGUAGCUGUCGGUAAGAUUUUACUGGCGGGCGGUAGUAUGGAUGUGGAGCUGCUCCGUACAGGCAAGCCUACCGGAUGUUACAUCCAAGUCCGUUGUGCUCUAUUGGACUGAAAACAACAUUCACCAUCCAUAAGUGAACAGUAGUGACUACAUCACGUAUGCUAUCAAGUAUCUUAUAUUUUGCAUGCUUU